AUGAUCGCCGCUAUGGCGAAGCCCAUGAUUACAACCGUGGAGAUGCUGCAGAUUAUUAUGAUGAACACCCCGAUAACCGGCGAUACGAUGCACGACGCGACUCGGACUAUAGCUCACGACAGGCACGCCGUCCACGACACGAAUUUCGACGUCGGGCAUCAGUCUGAAAGGCCCAGCCGCUCAUCCCGCCGUCAAAAUCGUCGCCAAUCCACGAGCGAGGUCUCGAGAGCAAAUGGCGACCAAGACCAGCAUCGUAGCCGUGAUCAAGGCGCCGACGACAGUAACCGUGACCAAGGCCACAGCUUCUUAAGCGGCACGGGUGGGCAGCUUUUAAUGCAUGCUGCGCUUCCACUCGUAGCCGCCGGUGCUGCAGAGGCCUUGCGGGCGCGCAAGGAACCCGGAGAAUGGAAAGGCGACAAAGGCAAGCAUGUUCUGACGGCAGCUGUCACCAACGGAUUGGUAAAUAAGGAUCCAAGCAAGCCUCAGAAACACCAUAUCAUGGAGACUACACUUCGGGGCUUACAUGACGGUGGCCCUACCCGUGAAGAGAGAGUUGCGCUUCAGCGUCGGGUUGGCGCAAGCAAUACAUCGAGCAAUCUUAAAAAAGUUGCUGUUGCAGGUGCAGUGGCCUUUGCGGGAAAGGAGCUCUAUGAUCGAUAUGGCCGCUCGCGAUCUCUGGGACGAGACUACAGCGAUGACCGUUACAGGUCGAGCAAGCCCAGUCAGAGUGUCUCGGAUGAUUGGCACCGUGGAGUGAAGUCUCCGGACCAUGAAGAAUACGAUGAUCGGAGAAGCACUCGGUACAAUGACAGGGAUAGUCAGUCCAACUAUUGGGGAAACUAUUCUACUCGCGACCACGACUCCAGAAAUGGGGAUUAUAGCUCUGAUGGGUAUUCGGACUCGGAUAUGGAAAACAACUACCACGAAGAUUAUUACGGACGACAACAAACCUCUCGAAAUCCGGCCCGAUCACGUUCCUUGAACAGGUACUCUGAUAACUACUCACGUCGGGACUGGUCGAGCUCCGAGUAUGAUUCCGAUUUGGGGGAUAGCUCAGAUGAAAAGAAAAAAGAAAAGAAAAUGAAGCGUGAUAUGCUGUUAACCUCCGGCCUCGCCACUGCGGCAACCGUCCACGCAGCUCACAAAGUCUACGGUUCAAUUAAUAAGCGCAAGCAACGCAUGGCUCAGCUGGAAGAUGGCGAGAUCACGGCCGAUGAGGCGCGCAAGGAGCGCAUUAAAGCCAACACGAUUGAUGCGGCGAGUAUCGGUCUUGCUGCUCUGGGUAUCAAGGGUGCGUAUGGAGAGUGGAAAGAAGCGAAUGAGAAGCGUAAGGAGGCUGAAGAGUUCAAACACGAGCGUCUUCGUCGUGGAGUGAAACGUGAACUCAAGCGCAAUCGCAGAUACUCAUGA